AUGCAGAAAAGGAGCGCCAAGAAAGGCGGCAAGGGCAGCGGCGGACCAAAGAAGGACAUGGGUUGCAGCAGUGGCAGCGUACCAAAGAAGGCGAGAACCACUAGGAAAUCACCAACCAAGUGCGGCGCUGAGCAUGAAGAGGAGGAAGAAGAGAUGGAGAUCGUCAACGUCUUCUCCCACGAGAUGGAUAGCCUGGAAUGCGACAUCUGCUUUCUCCCAUUCGAGUCCCGAGUUUACUCGUGCAAGAACGGGCACGCGGCGUGCGCUGCCUGCUGCAUCAACAUGGAACGCGAGUGCCCCAGCUGCAGAGAGCCCAUCGGCGACUUCCGCUGCCGGGCAACGGAGAAGAUCCUCGCCGGCAUGACCAGGCCAUGCCGGUUCAAGAAGCACGGCUGCACGGAGACCGUCCGCUACACGGAGGCGCGCGCCCACGAGGAGGACGCAUGCCGCUUCGCGCCGUACCGCUGCCCGUUCGACGGCUGCGCCUACCGCGGUCUGAUGCUCUACGACCACAUCCAGGACGACCAUGCGGCUGGCGGCGGCGUCACCUCCGCCAUGGGUCUGCUCCGGCGGAUGACAGUAACGCUGCAGAAGGCGGCGCCCUUCCUCGCGCUCAUGCACCGCGACGGGGAGAGUGUCUUCCUCCUGCUCAACCGCGGCGGCGACGACCUCACUGGGCGCCGGCUGUCGGUGAUUUGCAUCUGCCCUUACCCGUUGGAGGAGGACGAGGAGAUAGAGACGGAGUACACGAUGGUUGUGAAGGGCGACGUGGCAGCGUCGCUGUCGCUGACGGCGACCGUGCCGUUUGUCCGCCGGCUGCAGGGGUACAAGGCCAAUGCGUUCAUCAUCGUACCCAAGGAAUUCUGGGAUUCGUCGGGCACCGUCACCGUCACCCUGCAGUUCUCUUGAGCGCUGGCCGAUGUUUCGUUUCUGCUUCCUUCUCUUGAUUGAAGAAAGCUAGAGUAUUAUCA